AUGAGUGAGCUCAACUUCGCGAAGACCUUCCUUCAAACACUCGAUGCCAAAUCCACCAAAUACCCACCAAACCAUGUCUUCGAUGCCAAAACAUUCCCCACCAGAAUACCUUUCACUCUCCCCAAACUCCCUCAACCUCCCCACCCACCAUAUCCCAAAUCGACUCCAUCCGCUCCCCCGCCACCAGGCGCCACGCGCACCACAUCCACCAUAUCCCUAACACUCAAAUCCUCCCGCAACCCCGCCCUAGCGCUCACAUUACCUGACAUCGACCCUUUCACGACCACAAUCUCCCAACUCCGCGAGACGGUGCAAAGCGACCCUGCAAGAUGCCUAUGCGGGGCUCCGGACCCCCCUCCAAAGACCGACACGACACCAGCGAAUGAGGCAGGACAGACUACGGAUAAGGCAGCAGAUGUACCAUCAGAAGGAAUGGAAGGCAUAGAGACGGUCACUUCGCCGCCGCCGCCGCCGCCGCCGCCGCCGCCCGGGAAAGAGAUCCUGGAGACGGAGCAAUUCUGGAAGGAUCUACAGGGGUAUCUGGAGCAGAGGAUCAAGGAUGAAGCCGAAGCCGCGAGCUUGGUCCAGAAGUGGAAGGGCGAUUGGCAACGACGGGACUGA